GUUCAGGCGGCGGAGCACACGAAUUUAAAGUUUUGUUGGACAAAAAUAAAUUUGCCAGCUAAUUCGCUGAGUUUACAAGCUGCUACGAAGGCAAAAGACCCAGGGAUUGAUGGAUGCUUGCAUCCGCAGAGGCCGCCACAUCAAACAGACCGCCCACUCCACUUGAGCUGCCGGCAGACAGCAAGCAAUUAUAUAAUCCCCCCUCUGCGGCUACUCACACAUGAAUCUAUAUAGCGGCUCCGUGCGACGUCUGCUCGAUAGCUGGCCCGGCAAGCGACGCUUCGGCAUCUACCGCUUCCUGCCGCUCUUCUUUGUGCUGGGCGCCGCCCUGGAGUUCUCGAUGAUCAACUGGACCGUGGGCGAAACCAAUUUCUAUAGAACUUUUAAGCGUCGCCAGGCCAAGAACUACGUGGAGGAGCAGCAGCACCAUCAGCAGCAGCAACAGCAGCACCAGCAGUAGUCGUAUAACUGUGGGAAUC